AAUUAUGACGUCUGCGGUAAGUUUGACGUUUGCCGCAUUUUUGGAUUCCGAUUAAAUCGGUUAUUUAACGUUUUCAGCGGAAAAAUAAAUCGUAGAGUUGUAUGGUGGACGGUGUAAACAAUAACUAUCUUAUUGUGGUUUUGUGGCGAAGUAUUUGAGGUGUUUACUAUAAACAAAUAACUGCAGUGAUACAAUGUACAUAGUAGACUGUUGAGUGUGUGCCCUGUUAUUUGUUUCUAAUUUCCGUUUGGUGUCAUCCCGUUAGUUUUAGGUGUACGUUUUUUCCCCUCUAUCGCACUGUUAGCAAUAGUUCGUCAUCGUUGUAGGAAAACUUUUAAAAUGUUACUUUGUGAAGUUGCGUCAUAACGUCGUGUAUAGUCUUCGUUUUCGCUGUCACAAGCCACGGGGCCGUUGCUCGUACCGGUUUAUGCGUCUUUUUAACGUGCAAGGAGCGGCUUGGAUUAUUAAACUGCUCAAGAAUAGUUUACAUGUCCGGCUCAAGUUAAAGGAAUGACGGCAACACGUCAGCCCUGCUCGAAAAGGAGUCACUUCAAAAAAAGAAAUGGCAGUUCAGAGCUGCAGCAGUUGACUUUUUUACUUUGAGACGCACUAUCCAGCAGAGGAGCAGCUCAUUUUAUUCUGAAAUCACCAGAAUCACCACGAUUGAGCACAGGUGCAGGGUGAUUAGCUUGUUGUGUGAUGUGGGAUGCAAUUGGUGACACCAGAGCUAAUAUGCAAUUGGUGUUACGAGGGGGUCCGUGCACCAGCUCCUGUAUCCAGCUCGUUUUUCUAGGCUUUGAUUUGAAAUUACUUUUCAGAAUGUUUGCGCCAAAGUUUUUCACUUGGAGGUUAUGUACUAUAAUGUGUAAAUAAAGGCUGUAGCUGAUGUUUUGCUGUCUGAGGGCUAUACUGGACAAACUACACCGUGGACAGCACCUGGGGACACAUACAAACCACUUGAAUAUGGCCAGGGCUAUGCUGGCAACAGAUAUUUUGCAGAGGAAAACUGUUGUGGGACUGAUGCAGAUCUUUAUGGAUUGGUGUCAAACAUUUUACAAGAGUCAGAUAAGAUGGAUGCAUGUUUUGGAGAGGAGUCACCAGCCACCAGUGUAAGACAUAUUUGGUCUUCAAAUUCAAAGGACAUUUUCCAGCAAGACAUACAUGCUGAAUCUAAAAUGCACUUGAAUUCAUCCUAUUUACAAAGUCCAGGAUAUGAAGAAUUACAACCAAAAACCGAGCUGCAUCGGCAAAUAAAUGUGUGUGGUUUUACAGAUCAGUGGCUUCCUCCCUCAAGCAGUGGAGAAACUACACUUUCUUCUCAGGUGACUUCUCAUAAAAUGCAGUCACCAGUUUUGUUAAAUACCCUUUUCACAAAAAACAAAGCUCCAAUUGUGCGGAGGGACUCUGACCCAGACAAGUUGAACAUGGAUCCUUAUUCUGAAUAUUCAAGCUGCUGUAGCUCAGUAACCAACAAAAGCAAGAGGAUUGACAUGCAAGAAGCGAAUAAAAUAGCUGUUAAUGUGCAGACGGUGCCUGUUGGUGAACAUGAUUUUUAUAGAAAUGAGUUCCAGCCUCAACAAACUGGACAGAGAUGGUGUAAAGACAAAGUAUCAAACAGCCAGAGUUAUAAAUAUUACAAAAUUCUUGCACCCAACAAUAAAAAAAUGCAGUACAGGAAAGAACUGAAUGGGGAAUGUGGAGAGCACGGUGAUGCUCUCAGUACGGUUGAGGUGCAGACACAACAUAGUUGUGGCUCAAGGGAUUGUCUGGAUUUGAACACUGAGUACUUCAGUCACGGGGAUACUUUUUUUGGUUCUCUUCGUACAUUCUUCUCUUUCCAGAAUAUACACGUACCGCCAAACUGUCAGAGCGAGCAGCCCUAUUACAAGUUUACAAGCCAGAGUCAGAUGGGUGUAAAUGUAGAAGGGCUGAGAAGGGGAACAGGAGACGAGGGAUUGGAAUUACAGUCCACUAAGAGCAGAAAACAUAAAAGUCUUCCCAGCUAUGGAGUUUCCUUUCAGCACAGUGGUGCUUGCAGGGACGCUGAGCAGGAUAUGAAUAGCCAGCAUGAGGGAGAAAUGAAACAAAACAUUCUGAAUCGUAACCUUGAUGUUAUGGAAGGUGUAAAUAGAUUCCAAAGGCUACUCAGUGGAAGCAGACGUACCUGUAUGAUUCACCCAGGAAAAACACCCCAAGAAUUUUUCUUCCCAAAUUUGUAUGCAGUGGGUGAGAAUAGGCAAAAUAAGUCCUGCUCGAAUCUUAACUCAAAAAUGUCUUCCUCACAAUCCACUGUUCCUCAUGGUAGCUCUGUUUCUCUUUUUGAUCAUCAUAAUGCGCUACCAGACAAUGAGUUCAAUCAGUUUUACCCCACUGCUAAUGGCAAGAAUGGGGAUAUUCCUUUACCUGGCAGAACUCCAACUUUUACAUUCAAUGGAUUGAAGAAGAAGUGGUGUGGUCCUUUAGGCCAGCUCCAUCUUCAUUUUGUGGAAUGUUAUGAACAGCAGAGAUUGCUAGAAAAAGAGAGAAAAAAGACUGAAAACGUUCUUGCUGGGAGCUAUCCAGGGAUGAGAAUCUCGGCUGUUAACAGCAGCUCCUUUCCAAAUCAUCUCCCUAAUACUUUACACAUCCAUAAUCUUAUUGUGGACCUGUUGAAUGAGAUAACAGAGGUUAUAGGCCUUUUAAGAAAAAUGGAGCAUCUUAUUGGCGUCCCUUUGCAUGCUAAUAUCAAUGCUGCACUUGAAGAACAUCUUGAAGUUAUUGAUGAGGCACAGCAAAGGAUGGAAUUAAUUCACUCAUCAAAUCAGCAGCUGAAGGGACCUCCAAGAUUCAGAGAAGAUAACGAUAUAUUGCUUCUGGCUGCAGCAGUGAAGAACAUGGGUUUGGCUACAAGAAAGUCCCGCACAGCUCUUUGGUCUGCACUGCAAAUGACGCUGAUACAGAUUUGAAGCACAAGUAAAAGGAGAGGUACAGAAUGAAGGUGUCCUGCAGGGACUCGCAAACCCCAGAGAGGACGACCAUAACAGCACUGUCUUAUUGUGUAAUUCUGAAAACCUUGGAACAUAAUCAUGCAUAUUUAGAUCACAAACUCUAAAUUGGAUCACGUUUUCAAAUAAAGAAAUGUGUGAGCUCUCA